CGGGGUACAGGUGGCAGUGCCGGGGUGCAGGUGGCAGUGUCGGGGUGCAGGUGGCAGUGUCGGGGUACAGGUGGCAGUGUUGGGGUGCAGGUGGCAGUGCCGGGGUGCAGGUGGCAGUGUCGGGGUGCAGGUAGCAGUGUCGGGGUACGGGUCGCGGUGCCGGGCGCGGGCGGCGGCGCAGGCGGCGUUCCGGGUGGCUGGCGGGUCACCCCGCGGUCAAGGCCGCGCUCGCUCUCCUGUCGGCCGCGGGCCAGGAGCCGCUCGGACGCGGAAGUGGGAGCGGGAACGGCUCCCGGACACCGGCGGAGCCGCCGCCGGACGGUGCCGGUGCCGGUGCUGGUGCCGGUGCCCCCAGCACCGCACGGUCACGCCCGUGUCACCGGAGCCCCCGGGCAGGAGCGGGGGGACGUCGCGAUCCCGCUCAGCCCGCCGGGCGCCCCCGCCGCGGCCCCGCGCCCCCCGGCCAUGCUGCCGCACGACUCCCCGUUCCCCAACCGGGCGCUGGCGGCCCUGGACCGCCUGGCCGAGGGGCUACUGGCCCCGGGCUUCUGGGCCGCCAACGGCCUCCUGGACCUGCGGCCGACCACGGCGGAGCGGCGGCGGCGGCGGCGGCGGCGGUGCGGGCGGUGCCGGGGCUGCACCGGGGCGCUGCUGGCGGGGGGGGCGUUGGUGGCCGUGCUGCUGCUGUCGCUGCCGGUGACGGCGCUGGGGCUGCUGCUGUGGCUGCCGCUGCAGGCGGCGCGGCGGCCGUUCCGGUACCGGUACACGGCGGGGACGGCGGCGGCGGAGCCCUGGGACCUGCGGCAGCCCCGCACCUUCACCUUCCUCAGCGCCAACGUCUGCCUGCUGCCCAGCGGGCUGGCCAAGUUCAGCAACCUGGGCGACACGGCGCGGCGGGCCAGCGCCAUCGCCCGCCAGCUCGCCCCGCGGCCACCGCCCGCGCCCGGGGCCCGCGCCGGCCUGCUGGAGCCGCGCCGAGACAGCACCGGCUACGGGGGGACGCUGCGCACCCCCGCGCUGGCGCGGGCGGGGGCGGUGCAGGAGGCGACCCCCGCGGGGACACCCACGGCCACCCCCGCGGGGACAUCCACCGUGACCCUCGCGGGGACUCCCGCGGCGACCCCCGCGGGGACAUCCACCGUGACCCCCGCGGGGACACCCACGGCCACCCCCGCGGGAACCCCCACCGUGACCCCCGUGGGGACACCCACCGUGACCCCCGCGGGGACAUCCACCGUGACCCUCGUGGGGACCCCCACCGUGACCCCCGCGGGGACCCCCGCGGGGACAUCCACCGUGACCCCCGCGGGGCCAGAGGCGGCCGAGCCGGUGCUGUCGGAGCGUUUCCCCGCCGACACGGACUUCGUGUGCCUGCAGGAGGUUUUCGACGGCGCGGCCGCGUCCCGCGUGUGCGGGCAGCUGGCGGGCGCGUUCCCGCACGUGCUGUGGGACGUGGGGGAGCGGGGGCUGCGCGGGGGGCGGCCGGUGCUGCUGGGCAGCGGGCUGCUGCUCGCCAGCCGCUUCCCGCCGCUGGCCGCCCGCUACCGCCCCUUCCCCAACGGCCGCGGCGAGGACGCGCUGGCGGCCAAGGGGCUGCUGGUGGCGCAGGUGCUGCUGGGCUCGGCGCGGGGGCGGCGCGUCGUGGGUUACAUCGGCUGCACGCACCUGCAGGCGCCCGCAGCCGAUGCCGCCACGCGGGAGGAGCAGCUGUCGCUGUCGCUGCGGUGGCUGCAGCUGUUCCGGGAGGAGCAGGAGCAGCGCGGGGACCUGGUGGCCUUUGAUGUCCUGUGCGGGGACCUCAACUUCGACAACUGCUCCCGGGGUGACGAGCUGAACCAGCGGCACCAGCUGUUCCAGCUGUACCAGGACCCGUGCCGGCGGGGGGCGGGGCUGGACGCCCCCUGGGCCAUAGGGACCCUGCUCAACUACCUGCGCAUCUACGAGGAGCCCGUGUCCACCCCAGAGAAGAUGAGGAGGACGCUGUCACAGCCGGGGGGGCGGCAGCGGUACCUGGCGGGCCCGAUCCUGGCCAGCGGGGAGCCGGACCCGCUGGCCCCCGGCCCGUGGCGCGGCCGGCGCGUGGAUUACAUCGUGUACCGGCAGCACCGCGGCGCCCGCACCGAGGUGGCCGGCGUGUCGGUCAUCACGCAGCUGGCCACGCGUUCCGACCACCUGCCCGUGGCGCUGCGGCUGCGCGUGGCGCCCGACCAGCCCUGAGCCCGGAACACGCCGGGGACGCCGGGACGGACCCUGAGCCUGGAACCCACCGGGGACACCGGGACGGACCCUGAGCCCCGGGGACAUUGGGGACACCAGGACGGACCCUGAGCCCAGAACCCACCGGGGACACUGGGACGGACCCUGAGCCCCAGGGACACCAGGGACACUGGGACGUGUCCCCCUGAGCCCCAGCACCGACGUGGGGACACGGGGACGGCUCCUCCUGAGCCCUGGGGACAGCGGGACGUGUCCCCCUGAGCGCGGCACCGAUCUGGGGACACGGGGACGGCUCCUGUGCCCCACGCGUGUUGGUGGCAGCACAACGUGCCGGUGGCCCGUGGGACUGGGGCGGGAUGUGGUGUAGCAGCGAUUCUGCGGCAAACCGGCCGCGAUCUGGCGGUGAUCUGGCGGUGAUCCAGCUGCGAUCCGGCAGUGAUCUGGAAGGGAUCCAGUGGUGAUUCGGCAGUGACCUGGUGGUGAUCCAGCCGCAAUCUGGCAGUGAUCUGGUGGUGAUCUGGCAGCGACCCGGCUGUGAUCUGGUGGUGAUCCAGCCACGAGCUGGUGGAGAUCUGGUGGAAAUCUGGCGGUGAUCUGACGGUGAUCUGGUGGUGAUCCAGCCGCGAUCCGGCAGCGCUGGCACCAGCCGCGGUUUUACCAAGCAGUGAAAUAAAAGCCUCGAGUGCAACA